AUGGACGUGGCACAAGCAGUGGCCGGCUAUGUCUCUCGAAUGAUUCAGUCCGCUGAUUCCUCAUCGACGACACAGUCGGCAAAGAUGAAGGUUCUGCUGCUGGACCGCGAGACAGUUCCUAUUGUGUCCACUGCCAUCACACAGUCAGCACUACUGAACCAUGAGGUCUAUCUCAUUGAUCGUAUAGACAAUGCCAACAGAGAGAAGAUGCGCCACCUGCGAUGUUUAUGUCUCGUACGACCCUCGCCAGACUCCAUCCAGCUCCUGAUUGAUGAGUUACGGGAGCCAAAAUACGGAGAGUAUCAUCUGUACUUCACCAACGUUGUCAAGAAGUCAUCACUAGAAAGACUUGCCGAGGCUGACGACCACGAGGUCGUCAAGUUGGUCCAGGAGCAGUUUGCCGACUUCAUUGUCAUCAACCCCGAUCUGUUCUCACUUGGACUCAGCCUUCCCCAUCAGCGUCUGUGGGGCAGCAAUCCAGACACGUGGAACCCAGACGCCCUGCAAAGAAGUGCCGACGGACUUAUUGCUGUGCUUCUUGCACUCAAAAAGAAACCGCUUAUCAGAUAUUCCAAGACCAGCCCACUCACCAAGAAACUGGCUACGGAAGUGCGAUAUCGAAUUACACAGGAGGAGCAGCUUUUCGACUUUCGGAAGGUGGACACGCCCCCUCUCCUCCUCGUACUCGACCGGCGCGAGGAUCCAGCAACACCUCUCCUCACCCAAUGGACAUAUCAAGCCAUGGUGCAUCAUCUUCUCGGUAUCACCAACGGUCGAGUUGACCUGAGCGAUGUGCCUGACAUUCGCCCGGAGCUAAAAGAGAUUGUCUUGUCGCAAGACCAGGAUCCUUUCUUUAAGAAGAACAUGUAUCUCAACUUCGGUGACUUGGGCGGGAACAUUAAAGACUACGUGGAGCAAUACCAAUCCAAGACACAAAACAGCUCAAAUAUCGAGUCGAUAUCGGACAUGAAGCGCUUUAUUGAGGAAUACCCCGAGUUCCGCAAGCUAUCUGGAAAUGUUAGCAAGCACGUCACCUUAGUCUCGGAGUUGAGUAGACGUGUUGGCGCCGAGAAUCUGCUCGAAGUCAGUGAGCUUGAACAAAGUCUCGCUUGCAACGACAAUCAUGCGGCUGAUCUCAAGAACAUACAAAAGCUCAUUCAGUCUCCAAAGGUGACAAGCGACAGCAAGGUUGGUCUAGUCGCCCUCUAUGCGCUACGGUAUGAGCGCAACCCGUCCAACGCACUCCCCAUGCUCGUGGACCUCUUGGUGGCCGCUGGCGGGGUGUCGGUCCGACGAGCAGAUCUCAUCUCCAAGCUAGUGAAAUAUCAAUCUUCAUUACAGCAAUCGCAGGGCCAAGCAGGCAUUGCAGACAUUUUCGAGGGGGGUGGCAUCUUUGGAGGAGCCGGUGCCCGGUUCAAGGGGCUGAAGGGCGUUGAGAACGUUUACACACAGCACAGUCCUUUGCUUGAAAGCACGCUUCAGAAUCUGAUCCGGGGGCGACUGAAAGAACAGCAGUAUCCUUUUGUCGAGGGCGGAGGAACUACUCGAGACAAGCCGCAAGACGUUAUUGUCUUCAUAGUAGGCGGAGCAACGUACGAGGAGGCUAAAAUGGUGGCAACAAUCAACGCAUCUUCGCCAGGUGUGCGCUUGGUGCUAGGAGGUACCACAGUCCACAACUCGGCUACGUUCCUUGAAGAGGUUGAGGAUGCUCUAACUCGAUGCUCAAGACCAUUCGAUGUCGUCGUAGUAGGAGGCGGCCACGCGGGCGCAGAAGCAUGCGCAGCGGCUGCCAGAACCGGCGCGCGGACAGCUCUGGUAACACCAAAGAUCGAGAACCUCGGCACCUGUUCCUGCAACCCAUCUUUCGGCGGCAUCGGCAAAGGAAUCAUACUUCGCGAAAUCGACGCUCUCGACGGGCUGGCAGGUAGGGUCAUCGAUAAGGCCGGCGUGCAGUUCAGGGUCCUGAACCGGACCAAGGGGCCGGCUGUUUGGGGACCUCGAGCGCAGAUUGAUCGAAAACUAUACCAAAAGCACAUGAGAGAAGAGCUGGAAACGUACCCAAACCUGUCCAUCGUACUAGGCAGUGUAUCCGAUAUCGUCACGAGCGCGAGCGCGGAAACCACGAGUUCCGCCCAGAGCAAGAUCACAGGCGUGCGUCUCGAGUCUGGCGAGGUCCUCGCUACACGCGCAGUCAUUAUCACCACGGGCACAUUCCUCAGCGCCGAGAUCCAUAUCGGCAUGAAUUCGUACCCAGCAGGACGGAUAGGAGAAGAUGCCUCCUUCGGAUUAAGCAAGUCGUUGAAUGACAGCGGUUUUCGCCUAGGACGGCUCAAGACAGGAACGCCGCCGCGUAUCGCCAAAGACAGCAUCGACUUCUCGCAGCUCGAGAGGCAGCCCGGAGACGACCCGCCGAUGCCGUUCAGCUUCCUGAACGAUAGAGUCACCGUCGAGGAGCAGAUGUCCUGCUGGGUCACUUAUACGAAUGAGGCGACACAUGACAUCGUAAGGGCUAACCUGGAUAAGACGAUACACAUCCGAGAAACCAUCAGGGGCCCAAGAUAUUGCCCCUCAUUAGAGGCUAAAAUCACUCGGUUCUCUGACAAGGACAAGCAUCUUGUCUGGCUGGAGCCCGAAGGGUUCGACAGCGACCUCAUAUACCCCAAUGGCUUGUCCAUGACGGUACCGGAAGAGGCCCAGGAACAGAUUCUGCGCUCGAUCCCGGGCCUGGAGAAAUGUGUCAUGACACAGGUCGGCUACGGCGUCGAGUACGACUACAUAGACCCUCGGAGCCUCAAGGCGACGCUCGAAACGAAGCAGAUCAGCGGUCUGUUCCUCGCUGGACAGAUCAAUGGCACUACGGGCUAUGAAGAGGCAGCCGGGCAGGGUGUUGUUGCCGGAAUGAACGCCGGUCGCUCCGCUCUGGGUCUCGAAGCGGCCCCUAUAUCCCGAGCAGACGGCUACAUCGGCAUCAUGAUUGACGACCUCAUCACCAAGGGCGUCACUGAGCCAUAUAGGAUGUUCACAACACGAAGCGAAUACAGACUGACGUCGAGAGCGGAUAACGCCGACCUCCGGCUGACGGAGAAGGGACGGAAUUGGGGCGUGGUGUCUGACAACCGGUGGACACACUUCAGCGACGAGAAGCAGCAGAUGGACGACAUCAUGUCACUCCUCUCUUCGACGAGCAAGAGCACGCCCGAAUGGUCCAAGCGUGGUUUCCGCGUAAAAGAAGACACGACAAGACGCAACGCAAUGGAUAUGCUCCGAUUAAAGGACGUAACCUGGGACCAAGUCGCUGCCGCUGUGCCAGGCAUCGACUCCAUUCCGGACCGUAUCAAGUCUCGCAUCCACAUCGAGGCGACGUACGCACCAUUCAUCAAGCGACAGCUCGCCGAGCGCAAGGUCUUUGCCCGGGACGAAAGCCUGAGACUGCCCGAUUCCAUCGACUAUGACAAGGUCCCGGGCCUGGCCAUGGCCGAGAAGACGGUUCUCAAAGCCACCAUGCCCGAGACUCUGGCGCAGGCGAGGCGGUUGGAGGGUAUCACACCAUCUGGGUGCCUCCGGUUGUUGGGCUACGUGCAACGCCAGCAGAAGACCAUUGCCCUGGCCAACAUGGAGAAGCCGUGGCGGGAAAAGCAGAGCCGGGAGAAGGGCAUGCCGUGA